GUGCACCGCACAGGCCGGACCGGAAGUGGCGCGGCGCGCGCGGCACAGGCCGGAUAUUGGGUGUGGUAGAAGAGGAGACGAGAGUGGCGCGUGGCGGAGCGGAGGGGAAGUAUAUAGAGGAACACGGGUCUGUACAAGGACGUGAUGAUGGAGAAUCACCAGCCCCUCACAUCACUGGAUGGGGCCAGUAACAGGAAUACCCCAGAGAGAUUUCUCCAUGCUCAUUAUUCCCAGGACUGUACAGAGGAGAAUCACAGUGUCCCACAGGAGGGUCAGGGUGACUUAACUGAUAUUAAAACAGACGUUAUAAAGGAAGAAAAAGGGAUGUAUGUGAGGGGUGAUCAGCAGUGUAAGGAGGAGGAAAUCCCUACAGAUAUCAGCACAGCUUCGGGCAGUGAUGUGCCGCCAGCCGGAGCCAAGAAAACGAUGAAGAGAAAAGGCUCCGUAGAAAAGGAAAUCGCCAAAAGAUGUCCCAUUAAGGAAGAUGCGUCUGCGGCUGUCUUGGAAGAACCUUCGGGCAGUGACGUGCUGCCAGCCGGAGCCAAGAAAACGAUGAAGAGAAAAGGCCCCGUAGAAAAGGAAAUCGACAAAAGAUGUCCCAUUAAGGAAGAUGCGUCUGCGGCUGUCUUGGAAGAACCUUCGGGCAGUGAUGUGCCGCCAGCCGGAGCCAAGAAAACGAUGAAGAGAAAAGGCACUGAAGAUAAGGAAAUUGACAAAAGACGUCCCAUUAAGGAAGAUGCGUCUGCGGCUGUCUUGGAAGAACCUUCGGGCAGUGACAUGCCGCCAGCCGGAGCCAAGAAAACGAUGAAGAGAAAAGGCCUCAAAGAAAAGGAAAUCGCCAAAAGACGUCCCAAUAAGGAAGAUGCGUCUGCGGCUGUCUUGGAAGAACCAAGGAGCAGCACAAGCAGAUGCAUUAAAGGAGAACGAUCAGGAAACACAUCUACGCAAGCUUUUUCUCCGACGGGUAAUAAACAACCCCGCAUAGUCCAAGCAGCGGCUCCGGCAGAUUCUCUGGCAGUGGAGGUACCAGGGCCCAGGCGUCGUACACAAAGCCGCCCAGCGCAAGCAGCGGUGGCGGCAGAUUCUCUGGGAGAUGGGAUACCAGAGCUCGUGCUCGGUAUACUGAACUGUUUGGUAGAUAUAAAAAAUUGUGUGAGCGACAUCAUUGCCUUCUUCGAGAAACACCUACUUAACUUGUAACAGUAUAUUUGUUAUAACGUGGUAAUAGUUUUUGUUAUGUUUUGUUAUGUUAUGCAAAAUCAUGCAAAAUCAUUUAAAGUGAUGUGUUAUAAAACUAUUGUGUUACAAGUUCUUGUUAUAAAGCUGUUUUGUUACGUAAAAGUACAUUUCCUAUCAAA